CGUCCGUCAACCAUCUAUACACACACGCGCACGCUCGACGGUCGCCAUUUUCCUCGCGCGUACAUUGCUCGGACGUGCGUGCGACAUAUUUUUUUUGUACUAUAAACAAUAACAAACAAAAUGGCGUCGCCGGCAGAUUACAUGAAAGCCGAGGACGACGACGAUGACGAUCUGAAAUUGACUGAUCAAAUACCGGUGGAGAUGCCGUGCGAGAUCGUCGAAACCACCGUGGUGGACCAGAACGGCCGGCAAAUUAUCAUGACGCCCGUCCAAGGGCUGACAAAGAACGACAACACCACUAUGCUUCUGCAAGCGGGCCAUCACCAGCACCAGAACCACAACCACCAUCACCAGCAUCACCACCAGGAUCUAGAUGAUGGUCAGCUCACUUACGUUUACGAGAGCGUCGUACCCCAAGAGCUGUAUGCCCAGCCUGAAAGCCCAGGACCUUCCAGGUUAAGGAAAGAAAAUACUGAAGAUCAUUAUUUAUCACAAACUAAUAUUUCAUCGCCACCAGAACCAGUACAACUUGGUCGACCAAGAAAAUGGGAACAGAAGCAAGUUCAAAUUCGAACAUUAGAAGGAGAAUUUUCUGUAACCAUGUGGGCUUCAGGGACAGAUGAUGAUUACAUUUUAGAAGAAGUUAGCAACCCUGAACCUGAUCCUGACCCUGAUUAUGAAGAAUAUAUGACUGAGCAGACCAUUUCUGAAGAAAUACCUCAAAUUAACCUCAGUGAUCCAAAACAACUUUCCGACUUUGCGAGACCUGGCCAUAAGUCAAAAGUGAAAAAAUCUUAUAGUUCAGAAAUGAUGGACCGCACUAUUGCAUGUCCAAACAAAAACUGCUCAAAAAUGUUCCGCGAUAACUCAGCUAUGCGAAAACAUUUGCAUACUCACGGACCCCGUGUUCAUGUGUGUGCAGAGUGUGGUAAGGCAUUUGUCGAGAGUUCAAAACUAAAACGUCAUCAAUUAGUACAUACUGGGGAGAAACCUUUCCAGUGUACUUUUGAAGGUUGUGGUAAGAGGUUUUCAUUAGACUUCAAUCUUAGAACACAUGUAAGGAUACAUACAGGCGACCGACCGUAUGUGUGUCCAUUUGAUGCAUGUAACAAAAAGUUUGCCCAAUCAACUAACUUGAAGUCUCAUAUUCUAACGCAUGCUAAAGCAAACAGGCAUAUGUCACGACCAAGACCUAGUUCAAAUCGGUCAAUAACUCAAGUACAAGAUGAUCUAAAUCAACAGUAUGUUAAUGUUGAAAUACCAGAUGUUGAUCAUCAGCAUUUUAUUGUUUAUGCUGAAUAAUGUAUAAUAUAUGACACAGUGUAACGUGAUGAUAAUUUGUACCUCAAACCACGUGACUGAAAUCAAAACCUACUCUAAGAGCAAAAUUAUAAUGCUGAAUUUUGUACAUAUCUACUAAGUAAUAAGUAAAUUUAGAUUCAUAAAAUACCUAUUUUAAAAAAAUCCUUCUCAUUGAAUGUUGGUACUUGAUAUGUUAAUAAUUAAUUUUAAAAAAAAAAAUUAUAAAUUGUUUUUUAUACAUACAUACAACUUUUUAGUUGUUUAAAUAAGACUGCAAAGAUAAUAGAGAGCAAAUAAUGUGAGGUUAAGUUUAUUUUCUCUUUUUUUUUAUCUUAUAUUAAGAAACUUAAUUUAUAUGGCUUUUUCAGUGAUCAUGAUGUUAGAUAAUCAUUUAUGUAUAUGUAUGUAAUAUAUUUAUAUUUUUGAAUGUAAAGAGAAAUUGAUAUAUUAUAUUUUAUUAUAUGUAUUGUAUAUAAUAUAUUUUGUUGUCUCUUAUCAUGUCUAAAAAAAGUUAUAUUCUAUACUACGAAUUGUAGUAGAAUGAUGUGAAUACUAAAUAUUAUAUUUAUAAAUUAUAAUGAUUACCACUA